AUGAGUGGGAUGGGAGAAGCACUUGAAACGCGAAAGCAUAGACCAUCUCUUGCCGAAGGUGGAGCAGGGGAACCCUUCGGUCUUUCAGCAAGCAAUACAUUGUUACAGACAGGCUCCCCACCUGAAUGCGAUUCCCGCGCAGUGGUUCUGGAAGGCCUGGGGCUCGACGCGUGCGAUGGCGUUGCGCUCCAGCAGCGACGCGAGCGCGGCCGCCGGCAGCUCGCGCAGCCGGUUCAGCGCGGGCGCGCCGCGCAGCGCGUCCUCGUCCAGCUGCUCCAGCGCGCAGCCGUCCAUCUCGAGCCAGCGCAGCGCGGGCUGUCGCAGCGCCGACGGCGGCCCGGCCAGCGCGUUGCCGCUCAGGUAGAGCUUCUCCAGGCGCGCGCAGCGCUCCAGCGCCCGCGCGGGGACGGCGCGCAGCGCGUUCGCCGCCAGCGGCGCCAGCGCCCGCGCGCGCACCUCCGUCAGCCCGCAGCGGCGCAGCGCCAGGCGCCGCAGCCCGCUCAGCCCGCGGAAGGGGCCCGCCUCGCCUGCGCCGAAAGAGGAACGCGAAAGCGAGCCGUCUACCUGCCCUGUCGAGGGGGGGAAAAAGGGAGGAGGAUGUCUGCGACGAUAUAG